AUGGGGCCCGUGUGGCUGUGGCUGCUGGGAGCAGGGAUCCUGGCCUCCGCCCACGGAGAAAAGAGUCCGGGGGUGCCUCCAGCCCCCAGGGGUCAGCUCUCGGAGUCGGCCCCCACCUACCACCAGAUCACACCCACCAUCACCAGCUUUGCGCUGCGUUUGUACAAGCAGCUGGCGGCAGAAACCCCAGGAAACAUCUUAUUCUCCCCGGUGAGCAUCUCCAGCAGCCUGGCCCUGCUCUCUCUCGGGGCCCAAGCUGACACCUCGACUCAGAUCCUAGAGGGCCUCGGCUUCAACCUCACAGAGACCCCGCAGGCCCACGUCCACCGGGGCUUCCAGAGCCUCAUCCACACCCUCGGCCUGCCCAGCCCCAAACUGGAGCUGAAAGUCGGCCACUCCCUGUUCCUGGACAAGCAGCUGAAGCCUGGGCAGCACUUCCUGGCCCACACCAGGGAGCUGUACGGAGCCUUUGCCUUCUCCGUGAACUUCACGGACUCGGCUGCAGCGGGCAGGCGGAUGAAUGACUACGUGAGGAAGCAAACGUACGGGCAGGUGCUGGGCGGCCUCCCGGAGCUCACGGAAGACACGCUCAUGGUCCUCCUGAACUACAUCUUCUUCAAAGCCAAGUGGAAGCACCCUUUCCAUGGCUACCAGCUGCAGAAGCCGGCGAGCCUCCCCGAGCACGCCAGGCCCUCGCUCCGCGUGCCCAUGAUGCAGCAGAAGGCGAUGCACAGGUUCCUGUACGACCAGGACGCGGCCUGCACCGUGCUCCAGAUCGAGCACAGCGGCCACGCGCUGGCCCUGCUCGUCCUCCCCGACCCCGGGCAGAUGGAGCGGGUGGAGGCCGCGCUGCAGCCCGAGACCCUGAGGAGAUGGAGCCGGCGGUUCCUGCCCAGCCUGCUGGACUUGCAUUUGCCCAAGUUUUCCAUUUCUGGAACAUACCACCUGGAAGAAAUCCUUCCCCAUAUUGGUCUCACCAACAUAUUCAACUCAGAAGCUGACCUGUCGAGCAUCACUGGACGGCUCAACAGAACCAUCUCCAGGGUAUCCCACAAGGCAGCGAUGGACAUGAGUGAAUGGGGAAUCAAGGCGGGGGCUGCCUCGGGCCUCCUGUCCCAGCCCCAGUCCCCGAAGGUGACAGCGGCCCCGCACGCCCACUUCAACCGGCCUUUCCUGGUGCUGCUUUGGGAGGUGACCACCCAGAGCUUACUCUUCCUGGGAAAAGUCGUCAACCCAGCUGCAGGGUGA